GGUCACGAACUCCCUCGAAAUCAUCCUCGUCACUAUAUUCUCCCUCACCCAGAAAUAAAUUUCUUACCUCUGUUUUUCGGUUUCAAAGUUUGUUAGAACAAAAAGCGGAGGAGUGGAACCCAGGCUAUCCUCUCUUCACGAUUUCCCACAAAAAUUAAAUAAUUUUCAGGGUUAGAGUUUCCAUACCAUAAGAUUAUAGUUCCCGAUCCCCAAUUUCGAUCAAUCAAUAACCUUUCGUCCAAGCCACAUCGUCUUCGGCUUGUUCCCGCCGCCCGAUCGACCCUUUUCCUUCGAAAUAUGGUGGUGAUUUCAUGUAGAAAUCGUAACCGAGUGAUCCCCAAAUCAAUUUCUGUCAACUUCAUCUGUCGUUCCAUUUCCGGUUCAAAUUCCAAGCUUUAGGGUUUGUGUUUGAAAAGGAAUGUAAAGAUUUAAGUUUUUUGGGUAUCUUUUUCAAAUUGUGCAAAUUGUUUAAAUUGUGUGAUUAGGGUUUUUUUUUUUUUUAAUUUCGUGCAUAUCUGCUUUAUUUGCGUUGAACUGUGGGCUAUGUAUAUAGAGGAACUCAAGGGAGGGGACGGGAUGGAGAGAGCUGGAGGAGAAAAAGAAAAUAAGAGUUGUUAUGGAAGUAGUGGGUUUUUGGGAAUCGAAAGACGCGUUGUGGAAUGGGAUUCGAAAAGGGCAUUGAUAGGUGCAGGAGCUCGUGCACUGUUUUACCCGACCUUGCUUUACAAUGUUGUUAGGAACAAGAUUCAACCUGAUUUCCGUUGGUGGGAUAGAGUUGACGAGUUUAUACUGUUAGGUGCUGUUCCAUUCCCUACUGAUGUUCCAAAGCUAAAGGAGAUUGGUGUUCGUGGAGUGAUCACACUAAAUGAACCGUAUGAGACGUUGGUUCCAACAUCGCUUUAUCAAAAUCAUGGCAUUAACCAUUUGGUGAUCCCUACAAGAGACUACUGCUUUGCACCAUCGUUGACUUCAAUAUGCCAAGCUAUCGAUUUCAUUCAUCGAAAUGCAUCACGUGGGCAAACUACGUACGUCCACUGUAAAGCUGGUCGUGGCCGCAGCACAACCAUUGUAUUAUGUUACCUGGUACAUUAUAAGCAGAUGACACCCGUUGCUGCAUAUGAUUAUGUGAGGUCAAUCAGGCCAAGGGUGCUUUUAGCCUCUUCCCAAUGGAAGGCUGUUCAGGAGUUCUACUAUCUUAAAGUGAAGGUUGGUUUCAACAGCCACUGGGCAGAUUUAAUUUUCAAAACUUCGGACUUGGCACCUUCACGAGAUCUUGUGGCUUUUGAUGAUGGUUCUGUGGUAGUGGUAACAGAAGCUGAUCUUGAUGGAUAUGACCGAAGUCUUGAAUCAGUUGCCAUGAGAAGUACAAUAUGGGCAGAUCUAAGUGUAGUGUAUCGAGUUAGAGUUGCUGGUCAGGCAGCACUGGCAAGAAUCUCAUGCUUGUGGCUACGCUGCCAAGCACACCAAAAGAUUUCAGCACAGAAACUUGGUAGGGAGAGCAGCUGCCUGGGAGGUACCAUUAGUGUGGACAUCCAUGUCUACUGAGAACUGCAAGCUACAAAACAAGAAAUUGGAGGUCGUGUCUUUUUUUUUUUUUUACUUUUUAUCCUUUCGUACAUAAAAUGCCAAUAAUGUUUGUUCUUCCGUUGUAAAUUGAGUUGUUAUUUCUCAUGAAUCAAAGAUAACGGCAUUACUGCUCAA